GCUGUCUCUGCUUGUCAAAAGGCAGCUGCCGAGCGGGAGGCGCCGGGAGCGCGGAGCAGCGUGCCCACCCGCCGGACCAGGGAUGGAGGCCAUGACAGCCAGCGCUCCCUUGCCUGACCCUGGUGACUUUGACCGGAAUGUGCCCCGAAUCUGUGGGGUGUGCGGAGACCGAGCCACAGGCUUUCACUUCAACGCUAUGACCUGCGAAGGCUGCAAAGGCUUCUUCAGGCGGAGCAUGAAGCGGAAGGCGCUGUUCACCUGUCCCUUUAACGGGGACUGUCGCAUCACCAAGGACAACCGCCGCCACUGCCAGGCCUGCCGGCUCAAGCGCUGUGUGGACAUCGGCAUGAUGAAGGAGUUCAUCCUGACAGAUGAGGAGGUGCAGCGGAAGCGAGAGAUGAUCCUGAAGCGGAAGGAGGAGGAAGCCCUGAGGGACAGUCUGCGGCCCAAGCUGUCUGAGGAGCAGCAGCAGAUCAUUGCCAUCCUGCUGGACGCCCACCACAAGACCUACGACCCCACCUAUGCCGACUUCUCCCAGUUCCGGCCUCCAGUUCGUGGGGAAGGGGGUGGAGGAAGCCAUUCCUCGAGGCCCUCCUCCGUCCAAACGCCUAGCCUCUCUGGGGACUCAUCUUCGUCCUGCUCAGAUAACUACACAGCCUCUCUAGAUGUGAUGGAGCCAACCAGCUUUUCCAAUCUGGGUCUGAGGGAAGAAGACUCAGAUGACUCUUCUCUGACCCUUGACCUGUCCCAGCUCUCCAUGCUGCCCCAUCUGGCUGACCUGGUCAGUUACAGCAUCCAAAAGGUCAUCGGCUUUGCCAAGAUGAUUCCAGGGUUCAGAGACCUCACUUCUGACGACCAGAUUGUGCUGCUGAAGUCAAGUGCCAUCGAGGUCAUCAUGCUGCGCUCCAACCAGUCCUUCAUCAUGGACGACAUGUCCUGGACCUGUGGCAGCCCCGACUACAAGUACCGCAUCAGCGAUGUGGCCAAAGCCGGACACAGCCUGGAGCUGAUUGAGCCCCUCAUCAAGUUCCAGGUAGGGCUGAAGAAGCUGAACUUGCACGAGGAGGAGCAUGUCCUGCUCAUGGCCAUCUGCAUUGUCUCCCCAGACCGUCCCGGGGUACAGGAUGCUGCCCUGGUGGAGGCCAUCCAGGACCGCCUGUCCAACACACUGCAGACCUACAUCCGCUGCCGCCACCCGCCGCCGGGCAGCCACCUGCUCUACGCCAAGAUGAUCCAGAAGCUGGCUGACCUGCGUAGCCUCAAUGAGGAGCACUCCAAGCAGUACCGCUGCCUGUCCUUCCAGCCCGAGUGCAGCAUGAAGCUCACGCCCCUCGUGCUGGAGGUGUUUGGCAAUGAGAUCUCCUGACUAGGGUAGCCUGCUGGGGCUCCUGGGUGGGGCUGCUCCUCUGGGGCCUUGUGCCCCGGCCUGGGGCGUGCUACUGCCCGGCACACCUUCCUACCCCCUCCGGAGUUCAGCCCCUCCUCUCCCACCUCCCCUGCCACCCAACCCAGCCUGUCUCCUGUCCGACCUAACACCAGGGCUCCCUUUCCUGCCAGCCGCAGGCUGCCCCCAGUCCCGUGAGACCUCAGUGAGGAGUUGCUGUUUGUUUGAUAAAGAAACUCAAGUAGGG